UGCGCUGCGCUUGCGCACUGCACGAUUUCCUGAGUGGUUGGCGACCGCGGCCAUUUUGUGGACCCUUUGGAUCAACGCCCCCCCCCUUCCCCUCCCUCCGCGUUCUAUUGACUCCUACCUUGGGGGCUGCCGAGGCCUAAGAUAAAACGGGAGGCCUGGAGCGGCUCGGUUGUUUUCGGCUUUUGUUUUAAUCGUGUCUCGGAGGUCUCCCUCCGCUUCCCCGGGCUCCCCCCCCCCUUCGGCGCAGCAUCCUGGCUCUGCCUGGGAGCAGCUUUCCCGUAGCAUGAUGGAAGACGACGGACAGCCCAAGACCCUCUAUGUAGGAAAUCUUUCCAGAGAUGUGACCGAAGUCCUUAUACUUCAAUUAUUCAGCCAAAUUGGACCUUGCAAAAGCUGUAAAAUGAUAACAGAGCAACCCGAUAGCAGAAGAGUCAACUCUUCUGUUGGAUUUUCUGUUUUGCAGCAUACAAGCAAUGACCCUUAUUGCUUUGUGGAAUUUUAUGAACACAGGGAUGCAGCUGCUGCAUUAGCUGCUAUGAAUGGGAGAAAAAUUUUGGGAAAGGAAGUAAAAGUUAACUGGGCAACAACACCAAGUAGCCAAAAAAAAGAUACUUCAAAUCACUUUCAUGUGUUUGUGGGAGAUUUAAGUCCAGAAAUAACAACAGAAGAUAUUAAGUCAGCAUUUGCUCCUUUUGGUAAAAUAUCGGAUGCACGGGUAGUUAAAGAUAUGACAACAGGAAAAUCAAAAGGCUAUGGUUUUGUUUCAUUUUAUAAUAAAUUGGAUGCAGAAAAUGCAAUUGUGCAUAUGGGAGGCCAGUGGUUAGGAGGUCGUCAGAUCAGAACUAACUGGGCAACACGAAAGCCACCUGCUCCUAAAACUACACAAGAAAAUAACACAAAACAAUUGAGAUUUGAGGACGUAGUAAAUCAGUCAAGCCCCAAAAACUGUACUGUCUAUUGUGGAGGAAUUGCCUCUGGAUUAACAGAUCAGUUGAUGAGACAAACAUUCUCCCCUUUUGGACAAAUUGUGGAAACCAGAGCUUUUCCAGUUAAAGGCUAUUCUUUUGUGAGGUUUUCAACUCAUGAAAGUGCAGCGCAUGCAAUUGUUUCGGUCAAUGGAACUACAAUUGAAGGUCAUGUUGUUAAGUGCUACUGGGGCAAAGAAACACCGGAUACAACAAAAGACUUCCAGCAGGUGGAGUACAGUCAAUGGGGACAAUGGAGUCAAGUUUAUGGAAAUCCACAGCAAUAUGGGCAGUAUAUGACAAAUGGAUGGCAAGUGCCACCUUACGGAAUGUAUGGUCAAGCAUGGAGUCAACAAGGGUUUGGCAUUGAUCAAACACCACCUGCAACCUGGAUGAGUGGUUUUGCUGCUCAGCCUGCCCAGGGACAAGCUGCUCCGGUAAUACCUAAUCAGGCUGGCUAUGGUAUGGCAAGUUACCAAACACAGUGAGCUUAGAACUCUGCUUAGAAGUGUGAUUUCAAGACAGGUUUCGUUUUCCAGUGAUUUUUCUGAAGCCUGAAAUACAGACACUGGGGAAAAGAGGGGAAGGAGGCAAAACGGGAGGGGGCCAAGACAGAGAAAGAAACAAAGAAUAUUUAUUUUAAAGAAUGAAAAUGUUUGGACCUUUAACACAGCAUUUGCUUUGAUGAAGGACACAAAUAUCUUCAAUUUAUGCCUUUUUAAGUUUUGUUCAUGAUAGAUAUGAACAGGUUUUCUUUAUGUACAAAAUUUAAAAUAAAGUCAUUAAAAACAAUUCUGACUGCACAAUUUGGUAUGUUGGGAAGAAAUGCUUAACAUUGUGGUUCUUAGAUCCAUUCCAUUUUCUUUUGUCUUCAGCAUUUUAUAUCAGGUUUUGGAAAAAAAAUAUUAAAGAUGCUUUUAAUUGAACAUUAAAUCCUGAUCUUUUUCUGUGGACCAAAGAUUGCAUCAAAGGCAACAAUAUAUUCUUCGUUAAUUUCAGAGCCAUUAUUCAGAAGAAAUAUUCAUGGAAAUAUUUUUAAGUUAAUUUUGAAAUAUUUGAAGAACCUUGUGUAAAUAUUUUGGUUUGGUCUGAUCAACAUUACCUGUAGUACUAUCAGAUAUUUCUGUUCCCACCCAGAGGAAAACUACAGCUUUUCAAAUUUAUUUUACUUGAAGCACAUAUUUGCUUUUACUUUAGAGGUGCCUUUUUAAUUUUGUUUUUUAAGCAUCAUAUAUGCCCCUUUGUAUAACUACCUGCCGGGUUUAGUAUGCUCUGAAAUAGAAGGAAAAAUUUUAUACAGCAAGUUAUUUUAUUCUGCUGCUUUUUUGCAGUGCAGUAAUAUAAAUGAACCAUACACUUUCAGAACUAGCUACUACAUAGAAUGAAAAAAAUAUAUUCAGAAAGCCUUAUUUUUAAAUUGAUAAAUAACUCCUUUUGUCACCAGAAAACAAAUUAUUUUACUUUAUGCUACUUACUAUGUAAAUUAUUAGGCUACUAUUAAGUACCUAUGUUUUAAAAAUGACACUUUAAAAAAAAAUAUAGGAAUAUUUAACCAAAAUAUUUUUAAUCAGAUUGAAUAAUUUUUAAAGUAAGACAUUUUAAUAAUGUCAUAUAUGUUUAACAGAACUGCGUUUGGAAUAAUGAACAAUUUGAAGUAUGAAUUAAGUGUAUUUGUUUUUUAAUUAUUUUGACUUGCAUUUCACAAAUUUGUAUUGAAGCUAGGUUAUUUGUGGAUUAAAUAUUAUUGGGAUAAAUAAUGAAGUUGGAAAAAUGUUACAUAGGGUUACUUUUUACUUUGUGGACAUACUGAUACAUAAAUUUUAAGUUGAAAGUGAAUGAAGACAGGUUACAGAACAAUCUGUGACAGCUAGGUGGUGCAAAUGAUUCAUCUUUGAAUUUAUAACAUUUGAGAUGAAUAAUACAUGCCAUUGCAUCUUGGUGGAUCUAUGCCAAAAUAUGUAUGAGUAUAUAUGUUUGGUUGGUUUCUGAAUAGAAAAGUGUUGUUUAAUAGAUCACUAUUAAAUAUAUACUACAUUACAGACUUAGCAGAUAUUGGGGAAAAAAAUUAUUCCAAGUGGGAGAAAGGUUGGUUAAACUAAUCUCUCUCUCUUUUUGAAUAACAGAUCAUAGCGUUAUUAUCACAAAUGUUUUUGCUAUGUGCAAUUUAUUGAUCUAUGCUUUGGUUAAAAUAUUUUUAGGAAUUCUGAAUUUCUAUUAUUUGCUUUGAGGAUAGGAAGAUUAAAAUAGUAUUCACGUACAUCCUACUAAGUCUGUAUUAUGAUCUUUGGCAAUUUUAACCAAAUAAUAUUUUUUGUUGGUAUACAUAAAGUGUUAACAAUGUUUUGUUUCAGACUGUGGACAACCCGAUCUUUUCCGGGUUGGUUAGUUUCCCAGUGGAACAAAAUUGAAUACAACUUGAGUGUUCUGCAUAAAACAUAACUCUUAACAGUUUGGUUUCUACAUCAUAUGGGAACAGUGGAAUCCUGGAUCAAGAUGAGCCUCAUUUUUCAGUUGAGGACCCCCAUCUGACUAAUUUCAACAUAUAGCAAAGUUGGUCAGAUUAUUUUUUUAAAGAAGAGUUUAAAUAAAUCAACAAUUUAGGAUAUGUUUUUUCCCCAUUCUGUCAAGCUUAGCAAGAGGUAAAGUCCAGAGCACAAUUGGACAAGGCUGUAGACAAAGCACAAGCAGUUAUCUUUGAAAAGCAGAGUUUAGAGCAAAUUGUGCUUUACAAGCUUCAUGGCUGUACCACCAUCAGAGCUCACUUGUGCAUUUAAUUAUUGAAACCAAAUGGUAUGUUUAAUUUCAGUUGAAUUUAAUUUUAUUCAUGGAGGAAUCAUCAUUCAUUUAUUUUAUCCAGGUCAUUGUAUCACAGAUUUUAAAAAUGUUUGACCUAAAUAUUAAAAAGUAAUGUUUCUUUCAAAUUUACUUUGACCCAUGUUAGAGUCAUGAGAUGAGAAAAGCUAUGUAGUUUUCUUAGCAACAUUAUAAAGUGAUUUGCCAGUUCUUUUUUCUAGGAUUUUAUCUAGCCUACAGUUCACAGUUGUGCUGAUGGAUUUCCAUCUAAGUAUCAACAAGGUCCAUCUUUUCAAGAUCAACCAAGCUCAGCUUUAUUCUGUCAAAACAGUUACAAAAAAAAAA